GCCCGGGGACUUGGUCUGGAAGUAAGUGUAGGAGGAGGUGGGAGGCUGAUCGCGCGCCUCCUCGUCUCUCUGGGGCAGUCGUUCGGGCGCAGAGACUUCUAGCUGACCUCAGCGUCCCGCUGCCCCGCCCCGGCCUGGACAGCGUCCGAAGGCAGCGAGUCCUCUGGAGGCCGCCGUAGUCCCGGGGAGCCGGUGGUCACGUGACCCAAGGCUGUACCAUGGCUUCCACCAAGCCGCUGUCUCGCUUCUGGGAGUGGGGCAAGAAUAUCGUUUGCGUGGGGAGGAACUACGCAGACCACGUCAAGGAGAUGCGCAGCACCGUGCUGAGUGAGCCUGUGAUUUUCCUGAAGCCGUCCACCGCGUACGCUCCGGAGGGCUCACCGGUGUUAAUGCCCGCUUACUGCCGGAAUCUCCACCACGAGGUGGAGUUGGGAGUGCUUCUGGGCAGGCGUGGAGAAGCGAUCCCGGAGGUUGCAGCCAUGGACUACGUGGCCGGCUACGCCCUGUGCCUGGACAUGACUGCCAGAGAUGUUCAGGAAGAGUGCAAGAAGAAGGGGCUGCCGUGGACCCUGGCCAAGAGCUUCACGUCCUCCUGCCCGGUCAGCGCCUUUGUGCCCAAGGAGAAGAUUCCUGAUCCUCAUGCCCUAAAACUGUGGCUCAAGGUCAACGGAGAGCUCAGGCAGGAGGGCAAAACAUCAUCUAUGAUCUUUUCGAUCCCCUACAUCAUCAGCUAUGUUUCCAAGAUAAUAACCUUGGAAGAAGGAGAUCUUAUUCUGACCGGGACCCCAAAGGGAGUUGGGCCAGUUAAAGAAAAUGAUGAGAUCGAGGCCGGCAUAGAUGGGGUGGUUAGUAUGAGGUUCAAGGUGGAAAGGUCAGAAUACUAAGUGUUCUUAACGAAUGCCAAAGGAGAAGGGAGUCAGAAGCAAGUGGAAUAAAUGCCAAUCAUAGUGAAAAUCUAAAAAUGUCAUUAGGUUGCUAGACUAUAUAAGACUUCAAUAAAUCAUUCUGAAGUCUAUAACACAAGGCUUAAAAGCUGCAAAGGCAAGUAACUCAAUGAUAAUGGCCUUUAGGAAAGCUGUUUAUACAAAGCACUCCAAUUGAUUUUUACUUGGGAAAGUUCUCCACCCCCAAAUCAGAUAAAAUUUUUGUUAAAUGAGCUAUUGGCGAAGUCCUGCCGUGUUUACUUUGGGUUUCUGUGUUGGCUGUGGCUUCUGAGUUUGGAAGAUAAUUUUGAAAUUGUUUUCCAAAUAAAGACAAUUUCUUGGACACUUAAAA